AAUGGGGAGGCACGUGGUAAUCCCGGCCGGGUGAGAAAAGACCCGGUCGCGAGUUCCGAGGAGCUUUAGUCUGCGGAGAGGAGACGGUGAGGGGAGGCGGUCACAAAGAGUGGCUGCUGCUUCUGGGAGAUGUCCGCUGGCUUUUGAGUAAACUUUCCAAAUACCGAACCGCGUUCUGGAUCUUUCUGUGAAGGAAACGACGCUCGAGCCGCUGUCGUUUUAACUCUCCCACCACCAUCCCAGCGCGCGAGAGGAGUGCUCGUGCCCCGCAGUAGUGUCCAUCGACCCCCGGUUGUCAUGUCGUCCGGUGAUGCCCCGGAGCAGAGUCGGCGGCUCAGCGUCCUGUCUUGGGAUCAGGUGCGCCGCUUGGACUCCAUCCUCGGGGAAAGCGUUCCCAUCCACGGCCGCGGGAACUUCCCUACACUGUCCGUGAAGCCUCGGCAGAUCAUCCAGGUGGUCAGGGCUCGACUGGAGGAGAAGGGCGUGGCUGUGCGUGAUGUGAAGCUGAACGGCUCUGCAGCCAGCCAUGUGCUUCACCAGGACAACGGCCUCGGCUACAAAGACCUGGACCUAAUAUUUGGCCUCCGUCUUUCCGAUGAUAAAACAUUUCGCCUGGUGAAGGACGUGGUGCUGGACUGCCUGGUGGACUUCCUGCCUGAAGGCGUGUGCAGGGAGAGAAUCACGGCCCUGGCCCUGAAGGAGGCGUACGUGCAAAAACUCGUGAAAGUUUGCAACGACACCGAUCGCUGGAGCCUCAUCUCGCUGUCCAAUAACACUGGCAAGAACGUGGAGCUAAAGUUCGUCGACUCCCUGAGGAGGCAGUUCGAGUUCAGUGUGGACUCCUUUCAGAUCUCGCUGGACUCAUUGCUGCUCUUUGACCGUUGCUCGGAGACUGCAAUGUCCGAGACCUUCCAUCCUAGCGUGCAGGGUGAGAGCAUGUACGGAGACUUUGAGGAAGCGCUGGAACACCUCCGCUCCAGAACUAUCGCCACCCGGAGCCCCGAAGAGAUCCGGGGCGGCGGCCUGCUCAAGUACUGCCACCUGCUGGUGCGCAGCUUCCGUCCGUCUUCGGAGAGCCACAUGAAGCAGAUGCAGCGCUACAUGUGCUCGCGCUUCUUCAUCGAUUUUCCCGACAUAUGCGAGCAGCAGCGGAAGCUAGAGGCGUAUCUUCAAAACCACUUUGUGGGAAUGGAGCACAAGCGCUACGAGUACCUGCUGACGCUGAGGCAGGUGGUGGACGAAAGCACUGUGUGUCUGAUGGGCCACGAGCGGCGCCAGACGCUGGCUCUAAUAUCCGCCCUGGCGCUGCGUGUCAUGGCCGAACACAACGCCAUCCCUGCCCUGUCCAACAUCACCUGCUACUACCAGCCUGCCCCCUACGUCAGAGACGUCAACUUCAGCAACUACUACGUGGCACAGGUCCAGUCCAUGUCCGUGCGCAGUAACUCUUAUCAGACAUGGCUGCCUUGCAGCUGAGGACCAUCAUUAGGAAUAUGUGAACAUCUUUUUGUUUGACCUUUAAGUUGUUAUAAAGUGAGCAGGUUUUAUUGUUUUGUUUUCCCCGCUGCCUCUUUUACAGGUGUCGGUGUUGCAUUCUGGCUCUGGUUCUGCUGGAUCAACUGGGAUUCUGGAUAAUACGGGCAGCACAGCUUACAGACCCAGUGGAUGUAAAAUAUCACCAACUAGUACUAAACUGAUGAGUCAGGCUGAGUCUUGGGCCAGGCUGAGGUUCUUACAGUACAACAUGUCGCGUAAUAUCAGGCUAUUUAUACAGAAAUAAAACAAACAAUCUGAAGUGAUUAAAUUGCUUAGACUACCAGAUAACAUAUUAGUAAUGACAUCUGUUAUAGCAUCAUCUAUAACUCAUGUUUUAGUACGAGUUUAAGGGCAAAUAUGAUUAUUGGAAAUAAAUCCUGUGUUUUUCUGCUAUUCUGAUAUUGUAUUAAGCUGAUAUUAACUGGUCAGGCCCAUCCAUCCACACCACCAUACAUCCAUCCGCUUCCCAUUGCAGGGUGGUGAGGGAUCUGGUGUCUAUCUCCAGUGACAGACUGGGUACACCGUAGACAGAACGCCAAUCCAUCUCAGGACUAGUUAUGUAAUACCAUCGUCUCAAGAGUGAUGGGUUGUGCUUCUUUGUUUUCAUUACAGUUGUGACAAAAAACAAACAGCCAGAUUUGCCUUCCUAGUACAUGUUGGGGUUCUGCAGGACUCUUCUACAGAGCUGAGCUGCCUGUUGAUGCAUAUUUAACAUGUACCUAGGAUUGUUUCAGAAGCACUUUACCGCCAUCUAGAGGCUGAGUGUGCCUGACUUCAACAAGUAGAAGCCAUGGCUAUGCUAGCAAAAACAACUUGGGAAAACAAUCGCAGUCGCUCCGUCCAAUACUCCGGUCCGUCAUCUCUGAUGUCCGUCAUAGUGCCUCAACAUGAUUAAGUAGCUUAUUUGCAAAGGGACAACAGAGGCAGCUGAAAUGAGCGUUCAGAUCUGACAUCCAGAGGAGCUCAAAGUAGAGCUGAGGUGGUUCAGCCAUCUGAUAUGUGGUUUCGAACAAGAAAUACAAAAUAUCCUAUUUCUUGGUCGAUGACCUUGAGUGACUUGAAAGGCACUUUCAAAUAAAAUGCAUUAUUAGUAUUGUGAUAAGUAUUCCCCCAGGGCACCUCCCUUUGGGGUCUUUCCGGGUAUGACCCAUGGGAAGGACAGCUCAGGAAGACCCAGAACUCAGUGGAAUAUCUGGGUCUGUUUUGGGAAUGUCAUGGGAACGUCCAGAAUGAGCUGGAGGAAGUCGGAGAGGGAUGUCUGGCUGACCCUUCCUGGAUAUUUUGUCCUUUAGACCCGAUCUCGGGUGAACCGAAGAUGUACAGAUGGAACAUGAAAGCGCAUUAAGCUUUGUAGCAAUGAUUCCACCCCACGUCAUUUACGAAGAGUUCCUCCUGAACGCAGCGUACACGUCAUUUAUUCGUUAUUCUCAUUCUGCCAGCGAACAGGACAUGGGAAGUAAUUGCUCGGGUCCAUCUAGUCGACACACUGGUCCGGGUCCAGAGCUCUGGGCGAGCCAGAAUGCAGUCCGCCCUGUGCUGGAGGUGGGAACGUGACACUCUGGAGUCUUCAGACAUUUGUGUACACAGUACCUCUGCAGCAAUUUUGCUUUUUUU